AUGCGUACAGCAGCGUCACUGCAAAUCGACGCGGAAGAAUCCUGAUUAUAAACAACACCUCCGCGAUAUCACCGCUAAACUUGUUCUAGAAAGUCGCAGUCGCUCUAUUUUAACUUAAGGUUAUAUUUUUUAUACAACGUUUGCUUUAACUGUUAUAGCUUCUGAAGAAAAAAUAUGAUUGCCGCUUCUUUUAUUUUUUUGUAAGUCUUUCUGCCUGAAAAACGUCGUCAGUAAAGUGUAGCAAGCUCCAGGGAAGCUGAAGAAAAUGCCAGCUCGGAAUAUUGUAUCCCAUGAUACUCCUAACAGCAAAAUUAGAUACUCAAGGUUAGCCACAGAUGAUGACGGCUAUAUCGAUCUACAGUUCAAAAAGAGCCCACCCAAGGUCCCGUACAAAGCAAUCGCCCUCGCCUCAGUGCUCUUUCUAAUCGGCUCAGUCUUAAUCGUCAUUGGUUCUCUUCUUUUGGCUGGAUAUUUUGGAGUUACCCACUCUGACCGAACAGUGCCUGUCCUGAUCAUCGGCAUCAUUGUCUUCCUGCCUGGAAUUUACCAUUUACGGAUAGCUUACUAUGCAUCAAAGGGCUAUCCAGGGUACUCCUAUGAUGACAUCCCAGACUUUGAUGACUAACCCAUAACAAAGCUUCAGCUGCAGCCUGGCUACACCUGCAUGUGUUCAUGUAUUGCUUGCAGUUUAAAGUGGUUAAAAAAAAAAGCUUAAGGACGAAUCAUCUUUAAUAAAUCCGUGUUUAGAUUUUUUUUUCUAGUUAGUAUGUGAUUCUUUAUUUUAAUAAAUUAUCAAAAUAAUCCUUUAUGUAUUUGUGUAAGGUCUUUUUUCAGCUUAUCUAUCUUUUUAUUGCCAAUGAAUUUCACCUAAAAAAUGUGAUUAUUUGAGAUGUUUGAGUAACAAAUGUCUACCUUUUUAUAAACAAAAAGAAGCGACGUAUCACUUUAGAAUCCUGGGCUAGUUUGGUCUGUAAUAUGCUUAUGUAUUUAGAAGCUCAAGAGAACUGUUUUCUACACUAUAUCCUUUGUGUUUAUCAGCUAAAGCUUGCAUAGUUUUUUUUCUUGGAGGAUUUCAUGUGAUUAAUUCAGAUCCUUUGAUCUCCAUAUGGUGCACCUGGUCCCUCUGAGUCAGCAUUAUCAAACAGAGGGCUACUAAAGCAAUUACAAG